AUGCGCACCAAGCAAACCAGCCACAAAGGCGACGCGACAUCAUCUUCCAACGGAAUGGCCAGCGCAACACCAAAACGCAUGCGCCAGAAUGCGCCGGCAGAUAUGAGGUCGCCGGCGCAGCCUCCGGAGCUGUCAGAUUCGGACAGGGACAAGUUGAAGAUAUUCUUGGACCGAGCCGAGAAGCCAUUUACCGUGGCGACCUACGCGACGUCGGGGAAGAAGCGCAAGCGAAAUGCGAAGACUUACACACUGCAAGAAGACCUUUGGCAAGAUCGACUUGCUGUGCAGUACGAUGUGAAGCCGAGGGAUAAGUGGGAGAGUCUUCGGCGGUAUAAGAAGUUUACGGUUGGGUCGGAGAGUAUCGCCACAGGACAAUGUAUCUUGGUGAAACACGACGAGCGCGAGGAAGCUAAGAUCGACGUUGCGAAUCAGUGGAAAGCCAAGGUGUUGGAAGUUCGAGCGCUGGACUCGGAGCAUGUCUACAUUCGUGUUGCAUGGCUGAACCGGCCAGAAGAUCUCCACGCGGGACGCAAACCAUACCAUGGCAAGAAUGAGCUGAUUCCAACGAAUCAAAUGGACGUCAUUGAUGCAAUGGCCGUGAAUGGCAGCCUUGAGGUCAAUCAUUGGGACGAUGCAGAGGACGAGAGUGCAAUGUUGGAGGACGACCAGUUCUUCUGGCGACAGACCUUCGACUUGGUCAACACGGGCACAUUCUCAAAAUUGCGGUUGAUUUGCAUCGACUCUGCGCCGCAGAAUCCCGAUGAACUGAUUCUUCAGUGCUCGAACGAGACUUGUCGGAAAUGGUUGCACGUCAAGUGUAUAGCCGAACGCGCAGCGCAGCAAGCAGAUAGCCACGCAUCUGGGAAGCAGAAUGGCGUGAAUUCCGCGGCCAAGAAGCGCGGCCGUCCCAAAAACCCCAGCAUCAGCAAUGACUCGUCGGCAGUUGCCAAAGCUGUCAAAGGCAAAUUCAGCUCGGAAAUCUUCAUCAAAGAUCUGCCGCAAGGGCCCGACGUCACGCCUGCAACAAGUACCGAAAUCAUCGUCACAGACGACAAGGGCGUGCAGUAUUCGGAAGAACUUUGCUGUCUAUUCUGUGAUCAGGCUGUCAAAGAUUGA